AAGUCGUAAAUCGAUCAAAAAACUGUCUUAAGUUAAGUUUUGAAGAUUUUUCGACAGUUCAGCCUGAAACCUCCUACGGAAUACACACAAGAAAAAUGCUCAAGACCGCGAUUAUUUGUAUGUGCCUGGCGGCACUUUUCUCAAGCGCCUUAGCCCAAAAAGAGUCCCGCAUCGUAGGUGGAGUUGAUGCACUUCCAGGCGAAUUCCCAUACCUUGUGUCGGUCGCGCGGAGGAAUUUGUUGCUGUUCCGACAUGUUUGUGGUGGUACCAUUCUGAACAGCUUCCACAUCCUGACGGCAGGCCACUGCUUCAUCAACAACCCUCGGGACAGAUACACUGCCACGGCCGGAUCGCUCCUGAUGAAUGACUUCGAACUUACCGAGCAAACGGUAAACGUGAUGUUCUUCACCAUACAUCCGGAGUAUCAAGGAGGUGUCAGCCCGUAUGAUAUUGCAGUGGCCCGCAUGCAAUCUCCUUUUGGAUUCACACCCAGCAUUCAACCUGUCAACCUUCCAGCUCAAAACGCAAUUCCCGCAGGAGUAGUUCGUGUAGCAGGUUGGGGAUCCACGUCCAGUGGUAUCUUGCCGAGUAACCCGAACCAUCUUCAGACGGCUCGUGUUGCAGUAUUCGACAAUGCUCAGUGUCAACUGUUGAUGACUUCGCCGGCUGUGGGUAUUCCUAUAACGUCCGCCAACGUUUGCAUUGGACCGCUUACCGGAGGAAUGGGUCUUUGCGCGGGAGACCUCGGAGGUCCCAUCGUUCAGGUCACUGCCGGACAACACGUUCUCGUUGGUGUACAAACUUGGCAUGCAACUCCGUGCGGUGUGCCCAAUCUGCCUUCGAUGGGAACCAGGGUAUCAGCUUAUGUUGAUUGGAUCAAUCAAAAUUCGCAGGUUGUAUAAGCAAAAAAGACGUUACGUGGAAAAUAAAUCUGAACAAUA